GUCGGCGUGGGUGAUCAACCAAUCACUGAUAGCCAAAUCUGUUGAUCUGGACCAAUCAUCGUUCGACACGAAUUCAGCCGGACGUAAAAAGGACUGAUCGCUAGAUAUCGAAGCAAAUUAAUUGAAAAUACCGAAGAAGUACGUAUCAAAUUAUAAAUAAAUAUAUUGAGUCGUUUUCUUUUGAGUUUAACCUUAAAAAUAAAGUAAGUUAAAAAAGAUGACUUUGGCUAGAUUUAAUGUAUAUGGUAUAAAAUUUGAACAUGUGAUUGUACACGUUAACAUUUUCUCAGAAUGAAGUUUUUCGUCGGACUAGUAUGUGUUGCGUUCAUAGCAGCACUUGUACACAGUGAGGAGGAGAAAAAGAAGAAGGAUGACAAAGAAAAUGUAGGAACUGUUAUUGGUAUCGAUCUUGGAACUACAUACUCAUGUGUUGGUGUAUUCAAAAAUGGACGUGUUGAAAUUAUCGCCAAUGAUCAAGGAAACAGAAUCACACCCUCAUACGUUGCUUUCACAGGCGAAGGUGAACGUUUGAUUGGUGAUGCUGCCAAGAAUCAAUUGACUACAAAUCCUGAAAACACCGUCUUUGAUGCUAAACGUUUGAUCGGAAGAAUCUUUACCGAGUCUACUGUACAAUCAGACAUCAAAUUGUUCCCAUUUAAGGUUGUAAACAAGAACAAUAAGCCACACAUUGAUGUUCAAGUAGGUGAAGAACGUAAAGUUUUCGCACCUGAAGAAAUCUCUGCUAUGGUUCUGAGUAAAAUGAGGGAAGUUGCUGAAGCUUACCUUGGCAAAACUGUUACUCACGCCGUUGUUACCGUUCCUGCCUAUUUCAACGAUGCUCAACGUCAAGCAACUAAAGACGCCGGAACCAUCGCUGGAUUGAAUGUUAUGAGAAUCAUCAACGAACCAACAGCUGCAGCUAUUGCCUAUGGUUUAGACAAGAAAGAAGGUGAAAAGAACAUCUUGGUCUUUGAUUUGGGUGGUGGUACCUUCGAUGUUUCGCUUUUGACAAUCGACAAUGGAGUUUUUGAAGUAGUUGCCACUAAUGGUGACACUCAUUUGGGUGGUGAAGAUUUUGAUCAAAGAGUUAUCGAACAUUUCAUCAAGCUUUACAAGAAGAAGAAGGGAAAAGAUAUCAGAAAAUCCAACAGAGCAGUUCAAAAAUUGAGAAGAGAAGUUGAAAAAGCAAAGAGAGCUUUGUCAUCUCAGCAUCAAGCCAGAAUUGAAAUUGAAUCUCUUUUCGAUGGUGAAGAUUUCUCUGAAACUUUGACCCGUGCCAAAUUUGAAGAAUUGAACAUGGACUUGUUCCGUUCUACCAUGAAACCAGUACAAAAAGUUAUGGAAGAUGCUGAUUUACAAAAGAAAGAUAUUGAUGAAAUCGUUUUGGUUGGAGGUUCCACCCGUAUCCCUAAAGUCCAACAAUUGGUUAAAGAAUUUUUCGGUGGCAAAGAACCAUCCAGAGGUAUCAACCCUGAUGAAGCUGUUGCCUAUGGUGCUGCUGUUCAAGCUGGUGUACUCUCUGGUGAACAAGAUACUGGAGAUUUGGUUCUUUUGGAUGUUAACCCUCUUACUAUGGGUAUCGAAACCGUCGGAGGUGUUAUGACCAAGCUUAUCCCAAGAAACACUGUCAUUCCCACUAAGAAAUCUCAAAUCUUCUCAACUGCUGCUGAUAAUCAACCCACAGUCACAAUCCAAGUUUUCGAGGGUGAGAGACCCAUGACGAAAGACAACCACUUGUUGGGAAAAUUCGAUUUAACUGGAAUCCCACCAGCACUCCGUGGUGUUCCCCAAAUCGAAGUUACUUUUGAAAUCGAUGUUAACGGUAUCUUGAAGGUAUCCGCUGAAGAUAAGGGUACUGGAAACAAGAACAACAUUGUUAUCAAUAACGAUCAAAACAGAUUGUCUCCUGAUGAUAUUGAACGUAUGAUUAACGAUGCUGAAAAAUUCGCUGACGAUGACAAGAAAGUUAAGGAUAGAGUUGAAGCCAGAAAUGAGUUAGAAUCAUACGCCUACUCUCUAAAGAACCAAUUGAGCGAUAAGGAAAAAUUGGGUGGUAAAUUAAACGAAGAAGACAAGUCCACCGUCGAAAAAGCUGUUACCGAAAAAAUAAGCUGGUUGGAAAGCCAUCAAGAAGCAGAAGCUGAGGAUUUCAAAGCACAGAAAAAGGAAUUGGAAGAAAUUGUUCAACCAAUCAUGAGCAAACAUUACCAAGGUGCCGGAGGAGCCCCACCACCUCCAGAAGGUAGCGAAGAAGCCGGCGCUGAUAAAGAUGAAUUAUAG